ACCGUCAGCUGAGUGCACGCCACGCGCUAGUUUACUACUUGUUGUAGGGAUAGUAAAACACGCACCGUCGUAGAUCAAUACGUGAGAAGAUAACCUGGCACCUCACAUAUAUUCGGCUGUGAUACUGGCUUCGGAUCAUCAGUACACGACGAGACUAGAUGUUAGUCUACUUCGCGGACAGCGUUAAAGUUACCAUACAUCACGUGCUUCCACCUGGUUGAGCGUAAAAUGCGCAUGCUCAAGACACAGAAGUCUUCAGUUGUCUUCCGUCGUUUAUAGAUGCAGGAACCUGUCUACGACAUUACGACUCCGAAAAGGACAUGACGUUUGGAUGACCGCACCUACAAAUCUCGUUUAAACGAGAUUUGAAUUUUUCCCGUUCGAAGUCUCGGUUAAAUGAGAUUUGAGCCCUUUCACUCUCCAGUUGUCCCAUGUGAGCGGAUAUCUCGUUGAAGCUAUAUAACGUUAAAGUGAAGAGGUCGGUAGACAAGGAGACAAAAUGCCAAGUAAAGAGAAAAAAAACGGUCUACAAAAUGGCCAGGAUGAAUACAUGGCGUCUACAAAUGAAGUUGAUGCGUAUAUUCCCACACCGCCGGACGGAGGAUGGGGCUGGGUGAUCGUCGCCGCGUCUCUCGUCUGCAACAUCAUCGUGGACGGCAUCGGGUACACGUUUGGUAUAUUCUUGUUGGAGUUCACAACAUUCUUCAAGGAGUCCAAGAGUAAAGUGGCGCUGGUUGGUUCUGUCCAGGUUGGAACCUACUUGUGCGUAGGGCCAAUCGUUAGCGCCCUUACAAACAAGUUCGGAUGUCGGCCCGUGUGCAUGGCCGGCAGUGUCAUAGCAACCAUAGGCUUCGCCGUCAGCACAUUCUCUCCAAAUGUGGAAAUCCUGAUUCUCACUUACGGCGUCAUUGGAGGGUUCGGUUUCGGCAUGAUGUACCUUCCCGCCAUCGUUAGUGUGGGGUUCUACUUCGAGAAGAAGCGAGCCAUUGCUACUGGUAUCGGCGUGUGCGGGUCGGGAGUUGGGAUGUUCAUAUUCGCCCCAUUCUCUCGCUACUUACUCGACACCCUAGAGUGGAAGAGCGCGCUUCUAAUCCUAUCAGGAAUUGUUUUUAACGGCAUGGUGUGCGGCAUGUUGAUGCGCCCCCUGGCGGCGCCAGGUAAGAAGAAACCCAAGGAGAACGUGACUGAUAUGAUUUCUAAAUCAAAGCCUAUCGUGAAAAAUAAAUUCUUAGUCUUGGACUCCGCUAAGCCAACAAGUGGCGCAGCUUACUCCUCGGUUCCAAAUAUGGCAAUGCAUUCAACCCGCACAGAAGACAAUUCCACAUCAAAGAGUAAGGACAAACCUAUUGAUGCUUCCAAAUACAUAGCAUCUAUCCCUGAUGACGAUUUGGACAGGGCGGAAGUGGAACCUCUUGUCCAAAAAAUUGGAUUUUUGGACGUGGAGGACAGGAUUCACCAAAGCAGCCCCCGUCGUGCUCACGACUUAACAUUUAUAUCCGAAGCCAACUUAAACAAGAUCAAGACGGACCUGUCUCGCCCGAUGUACCGGAAGGACAUCUUCUACAGCGGCAGCAUUAUGAACAUCCAACAGUUCAAGUCGCAGCCGGACAUGAAAGACUACAUCCGCAGCGUGACGAGCAUACCCAGCAUGCACAUGGAGAAGACGUGCUUCACGUGCGAGUGGAUACCCAAACCUGCACGUGACACGCUGUCUGAGAUGCUUGACGUCAAGCUCCUGAAGAACCCAACCUUCCUCCUCAUCUGUUUCGGCAACGUCUUGGCGAUGUUGGGCUUCUACGUACCCUUCGUCUACAUCGUGGACCGCGCUAUCUCGCUGGAGAUCGACGAAUCGAAGGCAGCUUUUCUUCUGUCCAUCAUAGGAAUAACCAACACCAUUGGACGUGUCCUCGCCGGCUUUCUGGCAGAUCUUCGGAAAAUUGACAGCCUCAUGAUCAACAACGUCGCGAUGCUGCUGCUGGGGAUAUCGACGAUGCUGGCCCCGUUCUGCAACACCUACCCCCUUUUGUGUGCAUUCGCUGCCUUCUUCGGUCUCUGUGUCGCUGCCUACAUCUCCCUCACGUCUAUCAUCAUUUGUGACCUGCUGGGCCUGGAGAACCUGACCAAUGCCUUUGGCCUGCUCACUUUGGCACGUGGAAUAUCUUCUACAGCCGGCCCACCGCUCGCAGGUGCUGUGUACGACCUUAACAAUUCGUACGAUACCUCGUUCUACCUAGGUGGCGCUUUGGUGAUAGGGGGCGCCCUCUGCCACUUCCUGCUCAAACUUCCCUGUUUUAGUACGUCAGACCGAGUUGUGGAGAUCGGUCUUGCCGAAGACGGUCCAGAGCCCAUAAUUCACAUGGAAGAAGUCAAACCGGAAGUAGAAGUUAUCUCCCCUCCUGCUGCUGCCAAAAUACCCGAAAUUGUCAUCGACAGUACCAGUGACAGAGAGAAGGAGGACUGAAGAUGCUAACGGGUCGGGGAAUAGUAAACUGUCGAGGAAUCGUACUGAACAAAGCGAGCAAAUCCAUGAAGCUACCUCAGUGAUAUUGAGGUAAAACGAGAAGACUCUUCAACUCAAAGUCGAAUUCGAAGACCCUGUGUCGGAGUUCGGGAUUUUAUUGUGAGCCGAGAUAUGUGUUACCUCGAACAUCGAGAUAUGUGUUACCCCCGAACAUUGAGAUAUGUGUUACCCCCGAUCAUUGAGACAUGGGUGUUUACCUCAACAUUUACACGCAUUUGUUGAAGAUGUUCUAUACCAAAUCGUGACUGUUUCCGAUGGAGUAGCAGUAUCGGACCUGUCUCAUACAAAGUGCCUAUUGCUUAAGCCUGACUCGGGUCAGACAACAGUGUGUGUGGUAGCUUGUUAGCUUCAGGAUCCGGAUUCCCUACUAUUUGUACAGCCAGUAUUCCCGUUAUCACAUGGCUGCAAUAAUGUUAUAUUGUAAGUGUUACAGACGCUUACUCAUCUCUUCGAUGUAGUUCGGUGACGGAAUGUAUACUAUAGGACACCCACAGGAGGAUAGUUCGUGGCUGAAGAGCCGCAAACUCAAAUGGGAGCCAUUUAUUGAUUUGACAUGAUCAGCAAGUACGUCACCAACACCAGUGAUGUUUGUCUCAGAAGGCAUCACAGCGUCUGUCCUAUUUUUAUAUAGUGGACGGUCUGUUGUAUCUUACGUUUGUCUCUAUAUAUGGACACACAAGGCUGAUCUGAGCUGACAGUCAUUGUCCGCAGGGAAAUGUGUUUUGUCUGUUUUGUUGAUAUAAUAUUUUAUUGAUAGCCCUGUGUUUCCAAUUAUAGCCCAUGUGUCUGAUGAUAGCCCUGUGGUUCUGAUGGUACUCUGUAUUUCCGCUGAUGGUCCCAUGUUUCUGAUUAUUGCCCCAUGGGUCCGAUAGUAGCCCGGUGUCUUCAUUUCAACUCUGUGUUUCUUAUGAUAUUUACAAUGAAUCCCCAUGUUUCAGGCGAACCCCAAUGUUUCAGGCGAACCCCAAUGUUUCAGGCGAACCCCAAUGUUUCAGUUCAAUCACCAUGUUUCAGAUGAAUCCUUAUUCCAAUGUUUCAUAUGAAUCCCACUGUUUUUUCGCAGUUCCUAAUUGUGAUGAUACCGGCUUUCCGAUGAUGUCCAUAUAGCCAAUGAUACCUUGUGUUUCUGAUAAAACCGUAUGUUUUAAUGCAUUACCCCUUGCGUCUGAUUCGUGAUGUCCGUAUGUCUCUGGCAGUUCAUCUACCGAUGUUCCUAGGGUACAUGUCGUCUUAGUGUCUUCAUGAAUCCCUGUGGUUCUGAAGCUACUCCUUUUGUUUUUCAAAUUUGAGUUGUAGUGAUACCUUGUGUUUCUAAUGAUGCCUUGUGUUUCCUCUGAAUGUAUGAUGGUCCCUAGUGUGUCUGAUAGUACCUAGUGUGUCUGGUGGUACCUUGUGUUUCCUCUGAUUGUAUGAUGGUACCUAGUGUGUCUGGUGGUACCUUGUGUUUCCUCUGAUUGUAUGAUUGUCCCUAGUGUAUCUGGUGGUACCUUGUGGUUCUAAUAAUGCCUUGUGUUUCCUCUGAUUGUAUGAUGGUCCCUAGUGUGUCUGGUGGUACCUUAUGAUUCUGGUGGUACCUUGUGGUUCUAAGGAUGCCAUGUGUUUCCUGAUUGUGUGAUGGAACCUAGUAUGUCUGGUGGUACCUUAUGAUUCUGGUGGUACCUUGCGGUUCUAAUGAUGCCUUGUGUUUCCUCUGAUUGUGUGAUGGAACCUAGCGUGUCUGGUGGUACGUUAUGAUUCUGGUGGUACCUUGUGGUUCUAAUGAUGCCUUGUGUUUCCUCUGAUUGUAUGAUGGUCCCUAGUGUGUCUGGUGGUACCUUGUGUUUCCUCUGAUUGUAUGAUGGUCCCUAGUGUGUCUGGUGGUACCUUGUGUUUCCUCUGAUUGUAUGAUUGUCCCUAGUGUGUCUGGUGGUACCUUGUGUUUCCUCUGAUUGUAUGAUGGUCCCUAGUGUGUCUGGUGGUACCUUGUGGAUCUAAUGAUGCCUUGUGUUUCCUCUGAUUGUAUGAUGGUCCCUAGUGUUUCUGGUGGUACCUUGUGGUUCUGAUGGUACCUUGCGGUUCUGAGGAUGCCUUCUGUUUCCUCUGAUUGUAUGAUGGUCCCUAGUGUGUCUGGUGGUACCUUGUGGUUCUGAUGGUACCUUGCGGUUCUGAGGAUGCCUUCUGUUUCCUCUGAUUGUAUGAUGGUCCCUAGUGUGUCUGGUGGCACCUGGUGGUUCUACCUUAUAUUUCCCCUCAUAUUCUGACAGUUUUAGUGUGAUGGUACCGUGUGUUUUUUAUGGUACUUGUGCCACUCAUGCCACCUUCUGUCUUCCCUGCUUGUCUGAUGGUACCAUUUGAUUCUCAUAGUUCCCCAUGUUCGUGGUGGAUGUCUGUUUGUGUCUGUCCCAAGUUUCUACGACUCCUUGCGGCUGACAGACUACAGUACUCAAACAAAGUCAGCUCACACUCUACCUCGGGCAGGUGCCCCUUCGCGGACAUAACCGUAGCAUAACAUGCCAUGAGGUCCCUCAGUGAGGUCGUCUCGUUUGUGACACGAUUCAAGAGUCAUGGACGUGUGGGAAUUUCAUAUAUUAAAUUUUGGAACCUGGGUGGUUUAUACCAAUGAUUUUUUCCGGAGGAAGGCUCGUCAUGAAACAUGAAGGCAGUUCCAAAAGGCCUCAUGAGCCAACAGGACAUGUGGUAAAGUUUGGUAUUGGGUCCGAACAGAAACCUUUCUUCAUGACCUGUUCGGUGAUCACCUUGAUCCUAAUUGACAGUGAUCUGUUUUCUGUGUUUUUCAGGUGAACAAUCGCCUUGCCUUUGCAUGUGUUGUGACUGGAGGGCCAGGAUACGUUCACCUUUUCUCGAACACCUGUUAUUAUCACUGUUUGAUAGGGAUUCAUAAGCACAUGCUUAUGAUAUAGUCGGAAGCAUAUAUUCGACUCUGCUUUUGGCUGAGAAUUCGUAUGAACAUGGAAACGGUUUUGUAGCAUUUCCUUUUCAAUUUGGCUCCUCGUGAAAUUACCCUGGCCUCCAAAUUGUGUUUUUAUAUAAUCUAAUGUUAAAAAUCGGUUAUAAACACUGGUUCAUUACAACAAUUACCUUCGCAGCCUGUGAAAUGUUGACCAAGCCUACCAAGAACGUUUGUUUACGUGCAAAUGAAAUAUACAACUCCAAGCGAUCGCGUUCAGUCUUGUUCAUUUGACACGUGCUCAGUUUACUGCGCGAUUUUACUUAUCAUUGUUUUAGACCAGAAAUGUUUUAUCGAUGCUCAGAUUAUCAAAUUCUUGCUCAUGUUUUUAUCACGUUGUUCUUGUGAAUAGUGUAACCUCAAAACAGUGACACCCCAACAAUCCGACCAUUACUUUUAGGAAAGUCUACCUGUGUUCACAUGACAUACAUUCCUAAUAAGUAUAUGUCAGGAUAUUAUUUAAUUUGUUAAAGUUCUCUGAUCAUGUAGUCUUUACAUACCCGAACAUAUAUGUGUUGUAUCGAAUUAACCUCAAACUCAAUGUAAUCAAUUAGUUAGUUAGUUUGUUUGUUUGUUUGUUUGUUGUUAUACGCCGCACUCAGCAAUAUUCCAGCUAUAUGACGGCGGUCUGUAUAUAAUCGAGUCUGGACCAGACACUCUGAUAUCAUGACCUGAUAUCAUGAGCAUCAAUCCACACAGUUGGGAUACGAUGACAUACAUCAACCACGUCAGCGUGCCUGACCACCCGAUCCCGUUAGACGCCUCUUAUGACAAGCAUAAGUCACCUUUUACGGCAAGCAUGGGUUGCUGAAGACCUAUUCUACUCCGCAUCUUCACGGGUCUCAUGUAGAUGUUUGAGUUGGACAUGCCCUUAUUGGUGUUCAUUGGCGUCUCUCAAUCUGGCAUCAACACGGACGCCAACAUGAAUGUAACCCCAAGAUGCCCAUGAUGUUCAUUAAUCCUCAAACCUUUAGAUCGCACUCACAAGCAUUGUUCAUUGAAAUAUUCGAUUUUUCAUAUCAUUCUUGAAGAUCAGGAAUAUUUAACCAAUGCUCAGAAUGCCAAACUAUUGCUCAUUUUUUUAUCACGUUGCUCUUGUGAUUGUUAACGCCAGGUUAAGAACGCCGACACCCAACAAUCGGACGAUAAACUACAGGAAAGUCUACUGUCUACUGUCUACUGUUCCUCAGUGGUGUUCUUGGUGUUCAUGGUGUUCAACCUAAAACUUUUCAAGCAUGGCUUGAUUUAUCAGUUUCUAAGACACCGAAUGAGUCAUUUCAUAUUGGUAAUCAGAGUGAGUGAGUGAGUUGGGCUUAACGCCGCUUUUAACAGUAUUCCAGUCAUAUCACGGCGUGUCAGCUUCACGUGGGAGGAAAGCCCCAAGGGAUGCAGGUCUUAGACGUUUACCACUUCGGUGAAACCCACGAGCACGGGUAUGGUGCUGACAAACCUAGAAACAUAGUCGGGGCGAACCGGCAUUCGAACCCACAAUCAUAGGUUUCUGGCGUGCCAAAGGGACGCAACUCUGCAUAGCGAAUUGCGGCGUCUUAGACGACUGGGCCACCCGUGCCCCCCUGGUUAUCAGAAUGAACAUUGUAGAAAACGUUAGGAUGGAUUAGACUUGGCUCCGCCACACCCAUGGCUCGUUUCAUAUUAAUACGAUGAUGCAUAUAUAUGUCACACGUCAACGCUGGUAUUGAAGGAGUUGUACUGGGAGUACAUUUGUUGUUUCAUAUGUAAAAGCCACUAUUUUUGUAUGUUUAAAUGUCUUUUAUUUCAUAAUGUAAACUUUUAAUGUAUGUGAUCACUGAUGACGUGCUGUAAUAAACAACAGUGCCAUUGCA